AGCAGCAACAGAGCAGCACAGGGUUCAACUCACAGGUGCUCCUCACCGCUGCUGCCUGAAAAUAUACAGGAGUGCUUCUUUUUAUUUUGUAGUAAAAUUAAGCGCUCCGGGUGGAGGAAAACACAACCACACCGGAGGGAUUAACGGGAUUUGAACUUGAAGGAUGUGUGGUAUGGACGUGGACUUGGAUGAUGGCGGUUCAGGCGAGGAGGAGAAAGAGGAGGAGUUCUGGAUCGGGGAGGGAGUGAAGAUGCUGCCCCCUCCCGUGGCCCACAGCGGGGGCAGUGCAUGGGGCAGCCGGAGGGGCAGGUGUGGCUGCGUGGCGUGCGGGGCAGCUCUCAUCCUCUGGGACCUGUGUAUCAUCUUGGCCUGUGCUCUGCUCCUGGCCGUGGUCUUCUCUGUGGUGCUGCUGCCUGCAGUGCUGCUGCUGUACGCCGGUUUCCUCUGCCACUCCAGGGUCCUUGACGCCCCCUCUGCCAUCUGCCGUUACCUUGACGACAACAGCUGCUCCGCCCUCAUCAUUCUGGGCUUUGUGAUGAUGUCCCCGCUCGUGGUGGUGGCUGCCGCCGUCUUCUGCGGUCUGCUCCGAAGGUUUCGACUCCUGCUUCUCAUUCAGCCGAUCACACGCGCCUGGUACAGAGGGCGGCUGCUGGAUUGGGCGGGCAGUGUCCACGCCUGGGUCUGAUCAGGAGGCGCUAAGGAUCAGAUAUGUAAACAGUCAGGGGGGAUGUAAGAUAGAUUGGUGUAAAAUACAGGGGGUAGACAAAUUAACAGGAACACCUUACAAUGUAUUCAGUGUAGUGUGAGAGUUGUUGACUCAACUCAAUGCUACAUUUUAAGUACAGUUUGACUUCACGGAAAAUGUGUCUGGACAAGAGUUAGUUAGAUCUCUUUCAUAUUGGCAGUUUAUGGGGAAAAAGGUUUUUGGCACAAUUUUUUUUAAGGUGCAAUACCAGGAUUGGCCACCAGGAUAAAUUGGAUGCAAGGCUGAGCUGCAGGGCUGUAUGUAGCUCUCUUACCACACUGACAUCAACCUCACCUCGUGGCGACAAAAGCCAAUUGUUGUGUCGCCUCACUUUACCUGUGUUUUGUCCAAGAAGAUGCCCUGAACACUACAAAGAUCAAAGCCAACUGCACAUGCAUGAGAGGAAAUAACUAUCCCUAGCAGCAGGAGGAAGUCUGUAUUAACUGUUCAAAAAGGGAAACUGGAAGACUGACAGGACAGAUUCAAGAUGCUUGUUAGUCCGUUGGGACUGUAGCAACAGAGCCCGAUGUUGAAGGAAUAAAUGAUAUUUACCGUGCGCUAGCAAACAAUAACACAAACAACUACAAACCGUUUCUGCUAAAGAGCUCUGUAGCUAGAAAAAAAAAACAUAUCUAAUAUAACAUGUUCUUUCCAUUUUAUGCCCUUUUGACUGUAGUCAUUUGUUUGCUUUCCUCACAUCAGUUUUUUUUCUUGUGCGCUGAGGUGAACUGUCAAUCACAGUGAUUUCACUCACCGACGGUCUCCGCUGUCUCCGGAAAAAAAACAGACAAGGGCCAACUAUUGCCAACAGUACAGGAAGUAAGACAACAGAUACCCACUGAAGGCCUGAUAUUAACCGAUGGUCUACCAUUGGCUUUGUGCCUUUGGGCCCUAAUGCACAUGUACAAACCGAAGGUUUUUAUCAUCCUCGUGAAAAAAAAAGGAGGAUGAUAAAAAAAAAGUCUUAUCCACACAAGCACUGUUAAUAAAAAAAUCUCCGUCCAAGUAAAAAUACAAAUACUCUGCUCCUCAAAGGGUGGACGAGUAACUGUACAUUUAUGCAUAAACAUGUAAAAAGUCCUGUUAGCAUGGUUCAAGCAAACAUUCCUUUGGUCACAUCUGCCAUUGCACAAAAUGAAAUGCAAACUCUGAUGUUACAAGCCAAAAGCUCUGUUUUCCCUCUCUGUACUUGAAAACAGACUGUCUGAAUAUUACCCUGAAAGUUUUACAAAAAGUCUGUUUUCAGUGACUUAAAACACAAUCUGCAUGUGGACAAAGGGCACAAAUGUACUAGGUCUUAAAUUUGUGGGUCUUCUUGGCUGGGCGUGUAACUUUCUGAAGUCUCUGGUGUCCUCACAGUGUUGGCAAGACUCCGGAUAGUUAGUGCUGUGGUCAAGAAAAAGUUUUGAGCACUUAAUCUCCCUGUAAAACUUAAUUGAGCUGUUUUUUUACACUUUGCUUUUUGUAUAGAUUAAACAAAGGAGAUAUAACUUUGGACAGAGCCAGGCUGGCAGUGUCUUUAUGCUAAACCAAGCUAAUCCUGGCUUCUGGCUCUAUCUUUUAUCCUUCCUAAGGGCGUAUUAAAAGGUGUCUUGAUAAUUUUGUCUACCCCCUCUACUUUAAGGGUCAUUUGGGGAUUCGUUGAGAAAAUAUGAUUGUGCUUAAGUUUAUUGUAGCAAUUUCCGUCUCGGUCUAAUUUGUCUUUGUUAUAGAAACCACUUUUUUUUUCAGAGAUUGGUGGAGUGACGUCUUUAUUCUCACAUACAAAGAUAAAGAUAUUCUGCAUUCAUUUGAUCCGAAGAAACAAAAUGCAUCUCGGGACAGUCCAAAACAUUUUUCUAAAAUGAAGGAUCAAUGUAAAUGUUCAUAUCAAUAUUGCAAUAUCACAGCGGCUUUAACAAAAGAAAGAUUCAAAGGAAUCAUCAUUUUCUUUUGAGAAGGUAGCAGUUUCAAGACAGUGAGGUCACAAAAUGAUUCACCAUAGAAGUAUUCAAUUAGAUUUUGUACAUAAAGCCAACUAACUUUUUGUGAUUUUGUAUUGCCUAUUUGCUAAUUAUGUUGUCAUUGUUACAUAUGGGACUUUCUCUGAAAUAUACUGCUGUGAAGUUAUUUGUGGUUGCACAUUAGAAGUUUAGCAAAAAGUCAAAACACAAUUGUAAACAUUAGAUUUGUUGUUUUGAGUAAAACUUGGUCCAGUGUGUUGGACUCAGCCUUUAAUCACCCUAAAAAUUAGGAUGAAUAAUGUAACAGGUCUGAUAAAAAAAAAGCACACAAAGACUUUAAUAUUGUCUGUGAGGUGAACUAAAUGGACACUGAUGUUUGUUUAGUUGAUGUAGCAUCAUUAGCAGUCAUUUCUUGUGUGAGGGAGGGAAAUAUAUCAAACAUAUUUCAUUCAAGUGGAUCUUUAUUGAGAUCACGUUGUGCCAUAAUCAAACACACACCCUUCAUUAUAAAACAGCAGCAGUAGACACAACGACAAAGUAAUGGCUGUUAAGUGGAAGCCAGGUGUUAAAGUGAGACGUGAAUCAUCGGAACAGGAGCUCGUUCUGCUGCCUCUGUGCUUUCUGCUCAUUUAAAUGCAUCAGUGACACACGUGCCACACAUCCUUUUUAUCUGCGUGUCCGCGCUCUGUAAUUAAGUGUUCAGAUUUCUCCGAAGAAGGCCUUGAAUCAUAUUUCAUGAGGAGCAUUUAUCACUUGUCCUGUGCUACUGUUAUCAUGAUCAAAUGUCUUUUCUAUUUAAGCAUAUUUAUUAACGCAUUUAAGUCAGUCCUGUUAUUGAUCCUUCAUUGUGUGUCUGUUUACAGUGAUAACGCCCUGUUAGUUCCAGUAUUUUAAGAGGAAGAAAAAAGGGUCCGCAUUAUUUUUGGCCGAGCUGUAAGCUGGUAAACAUCACACCUGAACUAUUAACUGGAAACAUUUCAGUGUUUUUGUAUUUUUCAGCUUUUCAUGUCAGUGUUAUCAACAAAAGAGCAACACAUUGUCAUGUUCAGACCUUACAACAAUAAAAACAGGACUUUUUUUUUCAGUGUCUCUGUUGUGAUGUGACCUGUUUGUAAACGUUUUUGGAUUAGAGUCCACUGAGUGAUGACUUAAAGGAACAGUUCACACCAAAAUAAUAAUAAAAAAUGUAUUCUUCCUCUU